AUGAAGCCGGCGCGGCUGCUGCUGCUGAGCGGGUGCGCGCUGCUGCUGGCGCCGGCCGUGCUCUGCUGCGGGCCGGGCAGGGUGGUAGGCAGCCGCCGCCGCCCGCCCCGCAAGCUCAUCCCGCUCGCCUACAAGCAGUUCAGCCCCAACGUCCCCGAGAAGACGCUGGGGGCUAGCGGCCGCUACGAGGGCAAGAUCGCGCGUAACUCGGAGCGCUUCAAGGAGCUGACGCCCAACUACAACCCCGACAUCAUCUUCAAGGACGAGGAGAACACUGGCGCCGACCGGCUCAUGACCCAGCGCUGCAAGGACCGCUUGAACUCCCUGGCCAUCUCUGUCAUGAAUCAGUGGCCAGGGGUGAAGCUGAGAGUGACAGAGGGCUGGGAUGAGGAUGGGCACCACUCGGAAGAGUCACUGCAUUACGAGGGCCGAGCUGUGGACAUCACAACCUCGGACAGGGACCGCAACAAGUACGGCAUGCUGGCUCGCCUGGCCGUGGAGGCUGGCUUCGACUGGGUCUACUACGAGUCCAAGGCACACAUCCACUGCUCCGUCAAGUCAGAGCACUCGGCCGCUGCGAAGACGGGGGGCUGCUUUCCCGGGCGGGCACUGGCAACGCUGGAGGACGGUGCCCAGACGCCACUGUGGGCACUGCGCCCGGGCCAGCGAGUGCUGGCAAUGGACGGGGCGGGCAGGCCCACCUACAGUGACUUCUUGGCUUUCCUGGACAAGGAGCCCCGUGCCCUCACCACCUUCCACGUCAUCGAGACACAGGAGCCGCCCCGGCGCCUGGUCCUGACGCCCACCCACCUGCUCUUUGUGGCAGAGAACGCUUCGGCGCCCACCGCCCACUUCCGCCCCAUCUUUGCCAGCCUUGUGCACCCAGGACACUUCGUGCUGGUGGUGGCUGCGGGGGGCAGCUUGCAGCCUGCUGAAGUGGUGCGGGUGUGGGACCGGAGAGACGUGGGAGCCUAUGCCCCGCUGACACGCCAUGGGACACUGGUGGUGGACGGCGUGGUGGCCUCCUGCUUUGCUCUGGUGCAGGAGCAACAGCUGGCACAGCUGGCCUUCUGGCCACUCCGGCUCUACCACAGCCUGGUGGGGUGGCCAGGGGUGCAGGGGGAUGGUGUGCACUGGUACUCAGGGCUGCUCUACCGCCUGGGCAGGCUGCUCCUGCCCCCUGACAGCUUCCACCCACUGGGGAUAUCCCAGGCAGAGAGCUGAGGGUGCACCACAGCCCCAGCCAGCACAGCUGGUGGAGGUGGUGGCUGCAGGGUGACUCACUGGGGGCCAGCACCCCCUCCCAAAGCUGGGUGCCCAUGGGGAGCUGCCUCCAGCCCUGCCUGCUUGGGGUACAGCCACCUCCUGGUUGGGGAGCACCGAAGCUCCAUGGUGUGCCUCCUCCCUGUUCACCACCUCACCCUCUGCUCCUGGGGACAGGAGAGAGGCAUGAAGGGUUUUCCCCAGGACAGGAGGUGCCCCCGGCUGGAUCCACAUGCUGCUAUGUGUGUGUGUGUGUGCGAUGUGUGUGUGCGUGUGCCAAAUUAGCUAAUGAUGGAGGUCUGAUAGACGAGUGGGAGGGGGAAGAGGAGAGAGCCCUGGCUGCUCCGCUGUGGCUCCCAGCCUGCCUGCACCCAGUGGGGAAGUUCUGGGAGAGGGGCCCAGGGCCCUUUGCUGGGCAGCCUGCGUGGGAAUGCAGGCAGUGCUGUUUCCACCCCUGGGACAUGGCAGCUGGGAGGAGAGUGACCCAAGUACUGGGACUGUGCCUUGUCCUUAGCCCAUGUGCAGGCGCGCCCAAAACAAGCAGGGGUGGGGGUCUGGCACUGCUCUGGCAUGAGACCUCUGGCUUGGUGACACAAGUGCCACUGGAGUGAUAGACUGGGGAGUGAGAUGCCCCAAGCCAGCAACCAGAGCCACCCAGCUGGGCAUCCCAUGGGGCCGCUGUGACAGCAUGGGGUGCUCUGACUGGCAAGAGCGGGCUGCAGAGGCAGGCACAUGGGCAGAAGGGUGCAAAUGCCAGCCAGGCAUAGCCACGCACUGGUAGGAGCAAGCGUGGGGACAGUCAGGGCUGCAACCCCAGCCUGCUGGAGUCUGAAGAAAGAGGCAGAGGAGAAAACCUUGAAUCCAGCCUUGAACUGGCUCAGCCCAAAAGCCUUUCCCCACCCCAAAGCUAAAAAAACUCCUCAAGCUUCAGACCCUGGCUGGCCUGACCUCCCCAAGCCCUCAGUACCCCAAACCCUCAGGUUUGGUACUUGCUUCCAGCACAAUUUCUGUAUUUUCUCUACUGAGACUCAUACAUAAAAGACCAAAUUUGGUCUAUUUUCCUUUUUUUUUUUUUUUUUAAUAUCUGGGCCCCUCCCCAAACCCCCAGUUCUUUGCUGCUCACCCACUCCUGGGAUAUGGGGAGAGUCCCAUCAGAGCUGCAGCCACAGUUUCCCCACUCCAAAUCCUAGCUAGGGCCUCAGCCUUCCCUAGCUCCACGUAAGUGGAGGGGAGGGGGCUGAGGGAGGCUGUGACCCGUGUCCCCCCCGUAGCAUUGCGCAUCUUUAUUUAUUUAUCUGCUCUUUGUAUGUACCAUAGAUGGGAGGCAGUGUGGGCGCGUGCAGGGUGAGACGGAA